GGACGCUCCUGUCAUCGCCGGUGAGGUCUUCUGGUUUCUCCGAUGUUCUUUCGCCGUUUCAGUUCACCUUUUCUCGGCGGCUUCUGUUUUUAGCUUCUAGCAUCUAUUGUGCGCAUUGGUGAGAGAAUGGCUUUCGAAAAAAGUUUUAGAGUUAAAAGGCGGGAGUUAAGAGUUUUAUCUAGACUGCCUGAAAGUUGUCUGGUAGGAUCUUGUUUGGAGAAUAUUGUUUUUGGAGUAUUUGAUUCUGAAGGUGAAAUAGAUCACACAAUUCAUGGAAAGCACCAUGCACUAUCCAUUUCAGCAUUGUCAGGGGAAAAAGCUGAUAAGAUUAUGUACAUGUUUGAUAAAGGCCUUUGUACUGUUCCUGUGGUCCAAGUUCCAAGCGAACCAAAAAUCUUCAUUUUUUCAGCAUCCCACUCCAAUUACCCUGAUCUACACACAAUCAUUAAGGUCAAUGUUGUGCAAGAACCCAAAUUGAACAUUGCCACAUCAAUUGAACUAGUUGAUAGAAAUCCUCCAGUUCCAUCCAAUGAAGGGCUAUCUGAAAGUCAAGAUCAUUCUCUGUGCUCCCCAAGUCUGAUAUGCAUAUUGAAAUCAUUUGUUGAUUAUACAGCGGUAAGUGCAAUAAUGCUGUUCUUGUUUAUUAGAAUUUUGGUUCAUUUUAUAAGCGCUCAUUAUCUUGAUCCUUGGCAACAAUCCAUUCGUCUGGAGUACGAAGGAUUGGUAGAUUCUGGAGGCAAAUUUGCUGAUUAUAUGAAGAGAGGCUAUCAUUGGAUUCUUAUUUUUUUGAAACUGGACGAUGAAGCUGCUGAACUUGGAUAUCAGGUUGGGCAGCUUGAGAGAAACCUAAAAAUACUCAAUUAUCAAAGGGAGAGGAUUGUAGAAGAAAUUCUUGAGCUCAAAGUUUUUGUAGAUCAACAACAAUUGAGCCAAAUUCACUUGUUAGUUAACACUAAAGAGCAUGUAAGAAAACAAGUAGAAGAACAAGGAAACACUGCGGCUGCUGCUUUUUUUCACCUUUUUUAUGCCAAUACUAUAGAGGGACCGCAAUUUGACUACGUGGAUGAUAUUAUUGGUGUUGUUGCUCUUCUUGGUAUAGUUAGUGAUUAUAAACUUAGCAGUAUAUUGGCAGAGUAUUUAGGUGAAAGCUACAUGCUAGCAAUUGUCUGCAAAUCGUAUGAAACUGCUAGAGAAUUAGAGAAGCAUAGUGAAGAUGGAGCAGUCAACCAUAAUUGUGCUCUGCAUGCAGCAGCUGCUGCAGUAGGAAUUAGAAUACAGAGGCGGUUCAAUGUCAUUUGCUUGGAAGAGAUAAGGCCAUAUGAAGAUCCUAUAUAUAAUGACACUCAGAGAAAACUUGCAAUCCCUGCUCCACGCUUUCCAUCAGGAGAAAUUCCAAAUGGAUUCUUAGGAUAUGCAGUGAACUUGAUCACCCUAGAUAGCCAUCACUCGAAUACAAGAACUGCUUCAGGUUUUGGGCUCCGUGAGACCUUAUUCUAUCAACUAUUUGGUAAACUUCAAGUGUACAAAACCAGGGCAGAGAUGCAACAAGCUAGCUCAUGUAUAGAUCAGGCAGCCGUAUCUCUAGAUGGAGGAAUAAUAGUGACAAGUGGAAUUAUUGUUUUUGGGGAUUGUGAGCCCGAGAUAAAAUUUCCUGUAGUUCCUGAAUUUCAUGAUGUUAUUUCAAACAGCGCCAUGAAAAUCCUGAAGCAGAUCGAGGACAAGAAAGCUGUUUUGGAAGCCAAAAACAAAGAGAUUGAGAAGAAAGCUCAGGCUCACUCUAAAACACUGGCGAAGUUCCAUAAAAAGAAAGAGAUAUUAUGUUCCCUUCUACCUCAUUUGUAAUCUGUCUACAUGGAAUCAUUGAUAGAGCCAAAGUCAGGCUAAUUAAACCGUAAUGGUGAUUUUGUUUGCUUUCUUAAAGGGAAAGACGACCAAUUUUUGUUUAUGUGUUAUCCACAUCUGAAUUCUAAGGUGUGUUAGAUUUAUGUUGGAUCAGUAAUGUUAUUGUCUUUUGAAGGAUUGCAGUUAGUACUAACAAUCUUUUGGCUGGU